AUGGCCGGCGGCGGAGGGGACGAGAAGGUGACGCUGCUGGGCCACUGGGGGAGCGCGUACGUGACGCGAGUCCGGCUGGCGCUGCACCUCAAGGGCGUGAGCUACUCUUACGUGGAGGAGGACCUGCGCAGCAAGAGCGACCUCCUCCUCCGCUGCAACCCCGUCCACCGCGCCGUGCCCGUGCUCAUCCACCACGGCCGCCCCGUCUGCGAGUCGCAGGUCAUCCUCCAGUACAUCGACGAGGCCUUCGGGCCACCGUCCCUCCUCCCCGCCGACCCCCACGAGCGCGCCGUGGCCCGGUUCUGGGCGGCCUACGCCGACGACGUGCUGGGGGCGCCGUGGGAGAAGGCGUACAGGGCCGGCACCGAGGAGGAGCGGGCCGGGUGGAUGAGGCGGGUGGUGGCGGCCACGGACGCGCUGGAGCAGGGGCUGAGCGAGUGCACCGACGGGGGCAGCAAGGGCUGCUUCUUCGGCGGCGAACGGGUCGGGUUCGUCGACGUCGUGCUCGGCGGCGUGGUCCCGCUGGUGCACGCCACCGUGGAGAUCUCCGGGGACAGGCUUUUCGGCGACGCCGGCAGGACGCCGCUGCUGGCCGCCUGGCUGCGGCGCUUCGGCGAGCUCGACGCCGCCAAGGCGCUCCUGCCGGAUGUCGACAGGGUCGUGGAGUACGUCAGGAUGAUACACGCCAAGAAUGCCGUCAAGGCUCCUGCAAAUUAA